AUGGCGAGCGACAAAGACGAGCGGGUUGAUGUGACGCCGCCUGCGAAUGGCGACACCGCCAACGACAUUGACCAGGAUUACACAUCGAUUGCGUCCACCAUCGUGACAGAUGACCGCGUCAGCGAGCUUGCGCCUGCCAGAAACACUGCGCAAAAUCGCGACAACGAAGACGAGACGAAGACUCCGCCAGCACCAUCCAACGUACCUUUGAACCCAGAGAAAUUACACAUUCUCCUGACAUGCUCGACUCUGCUAGCGUUGACGCGACACCCUUCGCAGCCAGUAGUUGACUUGGACAUUCCGGCUCAAGUUCGACAACUCGACGCCUUUCUGGCUGGAGAUGUCACCGAAGAAGGCGUCGCGACACACUGGUCCGCCAAAAGUGAUGGUUCCGAGCGGAUCCGGCAAUAUCAGAACUUGUGCGACCAGCUCGUCCCAUAUUUGACUGCGGCGAUCAAGAAGCAGUCGCAGGCGAACCUAACCGCGGAACCUAAGAACCGAGUGCAUGGCGACAGGAAUCCAGAACACCAAUCACUAUCGCAGCUCUUUUUGAGUAAAGAUUUGGUGACCUUGUACGGUGCGUUGGUGGAGAAAGCUAGAAAGAAAGGCAUCGAACCUGAUGUCGACCCUUGGACGAACCCGACGAAAUUCGGUAAGAUGAAAGCCUUCUUCGAAUCGAUAUACGUGCUCCAGUACGACUUCGACAACUGGCAACACAAGCGACCCAAGCCGGUCUUCAAUCAGACGGCCCGCCUAGAUGCGGAGGAGUACAUGCGCGUGAUGGACGACCGCGAGCAGAUUCGAGUGCACCACCGUGUCACCACUCCGCUAGGGAAGGUCUUCGCUCAACUGGACGUCAUCCCGGAAAUCGCGAUCAAGUACACUGAGCAAGAGCUGACCCGCAUGUGGCGCGACAAAACCCGUCCGAAGUAUCUCAUUCCUGACCCCGCUACCGUCACCAUCCCGAACAAGCGGAAAGACACGUCUUGGGUGACUUCAGAUGAUGGAGAAACCUGGACGCGCGGGGAGACAAGCUGGGCACCUACCUUCAAGUUCAUGGUCUUCGACACAGCCACACAUGCGUACAUCCACGAACACCUCGUCGACCUCGACCACCUUGAUCUAAUCGAUCUCAACGAUGACGCAUGGGUCUUGAAGUACCGCAAGAAGCUUUCUCAAUGGCGUAAUCGUGACACUGGCGAGGCAACCAAGGCUCGCGAUCCCUGGACCGAUGAAGAGCGCGCUAUCGUGUACGAGUGGGUGAACACUUGGGUCAAGAAGAAUGGCGUGGACAAGUUCCUGCCUCGGGUCAUGGAGAAUCAGAGGGAUGAUCUCCAGGCUACCCUUGUCGCGAAGACAGGGCUUCUGCGUUCAGUUGACUCGGUCAGUGGUUGGGCGAGACAGCAGAUGACCAAUAAACCCAACGAGCCCUUGGGCAUGCUAUACAUCGAGGGCCAGAAGCUGGCUGCGCGUAUUGAAGCUGGUGAAGUCAUCCCGGAUGACGAGCGCUAUCCUGGCGAGGCUAUUAACAUCGCCGACUUCUUGGCAAAGGCGAAGCCGCAGAGACCGUCCGAACACAACAGAUCCGGCAAGAAGCGUAAGCUUGAUUCGGACGGCGAGACUUCUAUCGAGUCCGGCUCCGACGAAGAUGACGAUGACGAUGACGACGAUUUGCUGCCCACUCCUCCGCGCAAGUCUGACAAACGUCCCAGGCUUAGUGCCAACGGCAGGAUACAACUUGGACGAGACGCGCAUCUUACGAGGGAUGAGAUGGACGCUCGUAAUGAGACACAUGCUGCUGGAGAGGCCGAGAAGAUGCAUGAGACGGACGAGAUGGAUGAUGACGAUGACAUCAACCGCGAAGUUGAGAUGAUCUUUGAGUUUGGUGAUGAUGAGGAGGAAGAAGUACUUGGAGAGGAUGACUAG